UACUAAUUAUAUUUGUUAUCAUAUUGCCUUCCCCACUACUCCCUCGUUCUCCUGUCCAAUGGCUGAAAUGAGUGUUACCAAUACCACCGCUUCACUUCAAUCCUUUCCUAAAUCACCUCUCUGCUCUCUCUCAACCACAAAAUUUAACUCUCCUUACCAUCCUUCAGCUAUUGUAUCUCCCAUUCCCAGGUUUUGCUUAAUAUCUAAAUACAAUUCGUUUUGUUUCUCUGCUGCUGUUGUGAAGGCUGCUUCUUCUUCACACGCAAAUACAAAGGACCCAAUGCUUCCUCCUUACAAUGUCUUAAUUACAGGUGGUUCCAAAGGAAUAGGCUAUGCAUUAGCUAAAGAAUUUCUCAAGGCAGGUGAUAAUGUCCUCAUUUGCUCCAGAUCAGAUGAAAGAAUUGUAUCUGCUCUCGACAGGUUAAGAGUUGAAACAGGGAAGCAGCAUGUGUGGGGCACCAAGUGUGAUGUUAGAGAGGGAGAUGACGUGAAGAACUUAGUUUCCUUUGCGAAGGAAAAGCUUAAAUACAUCGACAUAUGGAUCAAUAAUGCAGGAUCGAAUGCGUAUAGCUUCAAACCCCUGGCAGAAGCUUCUGAUGAAGAUUUAAUUCAAGUUGUCACUACAAAUACUCUUGGUUUGAUGAUAUGUUGUCGUGAGGCUAUAAACUUGAUGCAGAAUCAGCCUCGAGGAGGUCAUAUUUUUAAUAUUGAUGGGGCUGGCUCAGAUGGAAGACCAACCCCCAGGUUUGCAGCAUACGGAGCAACUAAGCGCAGUGUGGUGCACUUAACAAAAUCAUUGCAGGCAGAAUUGGAAAUGCAAGAUGUUAAAAAUGUUUUAGUGCAUAAUCUGUCGCCUGGAAUGGUCACAACUGAUCUUUUAAUGUCCGGUGCCAACACGAAGCAGGCCAAGUUCUUCAUUAACGUUUUGGCAGAGCCAGCAGAUGUGGUUGCAGAGUAUUUAGUCCCAAAUAUAAGAUCAAUACCGACCAAUGGAUCAACGAAGGCUACUUACAUACGUUUCCUCACAGGAUUAAAAGCCUAUUCCCAAAUAUUUUCAAGGAUUGCGUUUGGUGCUAGACGGAAUCGGUAUGUUCUUGAAGAUUGAUGCAAUGGGUCCAAAUGGAUGGAUAGGGUCUACAUUUAUUUCUCAUUUUGCUGAUCACAACUUGUGUAUAUCAAUGGAAACCUUGCCAUUUUUCUUCUUAUUGACCUGGAUAGAUAAAUAAACAAAGGGAAUUUUCUUUUCACCAAAUGUCCAGUUAGAAGCUCUAAAUUCAAUUUAGUACCGAAAUUAGUGAGUCUUAUGAUGUAUUUUAAUACAAUCUUGCUUUUCCAUCA